AUGGCGAUCAAGCGCUCAUCAAUAUACGUAAGGCUGCUGAAAAGCAGCACACGAAUUCCGCAAUCGACGAAACAAACCAGCAAACGAUUCUCACUCUGCUUAAGCGGCCAUAGUUUCAGCGCAUCUAGCCGCACAGAAAUCGACGGAUAUGCGUUCUGCUCAGGCCUAAGCGCACUAAACCUAUCUUAUGAAAUAAACCAGAACCUUCAGGGUAUAAUCCCUCCGAUAGCCUACCUGAUAAGAGGCGCAGUCUUCCGGCCUCGAUACGAAGGCUGCGAAACGAGUCAGUCAGGCAGGUUUUCUCUAGAUAUACGUCCUCUAAGUGAGCUAGUGGAUAUGUACCACACCCGCAAGGCUACCAACCCUCUCGAUAAGAUUUACGCCCUGCUCGGUAUAAGCUCGGAUAAUCACGAUGAUCUCAAUAAAGCAGGGUUAUUGCCUAACUAUUAG